AUGCCAUCAUGGAUAUAUAAGUCCAGAGCCAUCACUGAAAUCAGAAACAUGAAGAUGUUCUGGAAACUGAGUUUGGUGUUUGCGGUCACUCUCCUAACCAAAGGGUGUGACUCCCAGCCUGGGCCUGUGUGUGGCAGUGUCCCUCUCAAAACAAAGAUCGUUGGGGGAGUUGAUGCGCCCGCUGGCGCUUGGCCAUGGCAGGUCAGCCUUCAUGAAGGUGGAAGUCAUUUCUGUGGCGGAUCCCUCAUCAACAAUCAAUGGGUUCUGUCAGCAGCUCACUGCUUUCCAGAGCCUAAUGCUGCAAGCCUUACUGUGUACCUGGGUCGACAGUUUCAAGAACUAUCCAAUCCAAAUGAGGUGUCCAGAAGCGUCUCUCAAAUCAUAAUUCAUCCAGCCUAUAGUAGGAAAACUAAUGACAAUGACAUGGCUCUGUUGCGUCUCUCCUCACCUGUGAACUUCACUAAUUACAUCCAACCAGUCUGUCUGGCAGCAGAGGGAAGCACAUUCAACACUGAAACAAUGUGGGUCACAGGUUGGGGAACCAUUAAUUCAGGCGUACCCCUUCCUUCACCUCAAAUCCUACAGGAGGUGGAUGUGCCUCUGGUUGGAAAUAGUAAAUGUAACUGUCUUUAUAGUGGAUCAAUAACAGAAAACAUGAUGUGUGCUGGACUGUCAGACGGUGGAAAAGAUUCCUGCCAGGGUGACUCUGGAGGUCCAAUGGUCAUCAAACAAGGCUCUAGAUGGAUCCAGGCUGGCGUUGUGAGUUUUGGUAAAGGCUGCGCUCUAGCUGAAUAUCCUGGUGUGUAUGCCAGAGUUUCUCAGUACCAGCAGUGGAUCAGUGGGCAUAUUGGAGCAAACAGGGCUGGUUUCGUCACUUUUAACUCCACUACUCCUGUUCAGGAUGAGAAUGUGGACUGCCCUCCACCGACAGUGUGUGGAGGUUCUGCAGCUUUAUGGCCAUGGAUGGCUAGUCUAACAUAUAACGGUGAACCUAUGUGUGUAGGAACUUUGGUUUCUGACCGAUUCGUCAUGACCUCUGCUAGCUGCUUUUUUAGAUUCAUGGGUAUGGAUGGAUGGGCAGUGACCCUCAAUUUUGCCCAAUGGGACUGUUCCAGUAGCUCACUGUCAGUUACAGUGGCAAAUGUCUUAUUCGAUGAUAUUUUCGGCAACGGUGUAGCACUUGUGGAACUGUCUUCUCCGUUUCUUUAUGUUGCCAAUCUUCCAGUUGACAUGUUUGAUUUAAGCUUUGGUCCUGGUACUCAAUGUUCAGUAGUUGGUUGGAAUUCAGAAGCUACUGGAUCGGAACCGUCUUUUCUGCAAGUCAAGACCACCAUUGUAAACUGUGAUCCUUCAGACACCACGCCGAUCAACAUCUGCACAGAGCCACUGCCAGUUCAGCAGAAUGAUAACGGCAGUCCCCUGCUGUGUAGUGUGGGCGACAUGUGGAUUCAGACUGGUAUUUUGUCCAUUUCCCCUGGCUUUGGCAUUCUCCCACAAUCCAACAGCACAGUCUUCAUCAGGACCUCUCCCUUCACCUACUUCCUGACCAACAACAUCAAUAGCUACCCAUCUAUUCUGGAUGGGGUUGAGUCAUUCUCGCCCCUCUCGCUCACCUGCGUCCUGCUGCUCUCUCUCCCAGCAGUCCUCCAGGCCAUUUAUUAAAGCUGUUAUCUGUCACUUUAUCACCGAAUUAACUAACAAAUGCAGUACAUUAUGGGAGGCAUUAUGGGGUAUCUUCUCUUGCAUUAAUUGAGUUUUUGAAUUUUAAUAAAUGAUUAAUUGCUUCAUGUAUGAAUUAUGACAACCUCAGUCAGAUUUUUUUCCUAUGUGAUUUUAUUGCUCUUAGGGAGGAGAUUUUCAGAUGUCCACUAGAGUGGACAGUAUGCAUUAUUGUUUUUAACUGAAGAGAUACUGUAUUAAUCAUAAUAAAGUAAUACCACAGUAA